AUGGAGAAACUCAAGACGUUACUUGUUGCGAAUCGAGGCGAGAUUGCAGUUCGCAUCUGCAGGACUGCUCGUGAACUAGGCAUCAAGACCAUCUCCAUCUAUACCGCAGCCGAUGCAGCCUCUGCCCAUGUUGGGGCCGCCGAUGAAGCCGUGCUUCUGUCGGGUCCCGAUGCGAAGGGAUACAUCGACGCAGAACAGAUUGUCGAAAUCGCCAAAUACAAAGGCGCUGAUGCUGUGAUCCCCGGGUAUGGCUUUCUUUCUGAGAAUACUGACUUCGCCCGACAUGUGACAGAGAGCGGGAUGGUCUUCGUCGGGCCAAGUCCUAAGUGCAUCGAGGAUUUCGGCAUCAAACAUACUGCUCGUGAGCUUGCGGCAAAGGCUGAUGUCCCCAUCGUUCCUGGAACCAAGGGUCUGGUUGGUUCAGAAGAAGAAGCGGUGGCGAAAGCCAAACAGCUAGGAUAUCCUGUCAUGCUCAAAGCCACGGCAGGUGGAGGUGGCAUGGGCUUGAUGGCAUGCAGUGAUGAGACGGCCGUCCGGGAGUCAUUCAAGACCGUCAAGUCUCGAGGCGAAACUCUUUUCAAGAAUUCCGGGCUGUUCAUUGAGAAAUACUUCCCGGCUGCGCAUCACAUUGAAGUCCAAGUAUUUGGCAAUGCACUUGGCCAGGCAAUUCACUUUGGCGAGCGCGAGUGUUCCAUCCAACGUCGCCAUCAAAAGGUCAUUGAGGAAUGUCCCAGUCCGUUCCUUGCCGAGCACCCGGAGCUCCGUGAGAAACUGGGGUCAGCCGCCGUCCGGCUCGCCGAGUCGAUCAAUUACGGAUCAGCAGGGACCAUCGAGUACCUUGUCGACGACGCAUCAGCCGACUUCUUCUUCCUCGAGAUGAACACGCGGCUACAGGUAGAACACGGCAUUACAGAACUGUGCUACGGAGUCGACCUAGUCGAGCUGAUGCUGAAGCAAGCCGAUGCGGAGCUGUGCGGGAAGGGUGGUCUUGACGGUGACUAUCUUCAGAGCCUUCAACCAAAAGGUCCGACCGGAGCGGCCAUUGAAGUGCGUGUCUACGCGGAGAAUCCGGCGAAGAACUACGCCCCGUCUCCCGGGACCUUGCAGCAAGUGUCGUGGAAGGAAGUCCCAGGAUCGAGGAUUGACGGCUGGGUCCAUACCGGCACAAAAGUCACGUCGUUCUAUGAUCCAUUGCUCGCUAAGGUCAUGGUGCACGCCUCCGACAGAGCCGAGGCCAUCAAAGGAAUGACCGAGAUGCUCGAGGGUUCCAAGAUCUUCGGACCGCCCACGAACAUCGAGUUUCUAGCAACCAUUCUCCAAGACAGCACGUUCCGAGGGGGCAGGACCAUCACCAAGUUUCUCGACACCUUCGACUAUCAGCCUCACGCAAUCGACGUGCUGCAAGGCGGAGCCUACACGCUAGUCGAAGACUGGCCUGGACGACCAACCAUUGGUAAAGGCUUUUCACACACAGGACCCAUGGAUCCAGUGGCGUUCCGUGUCGCCAACGCCCUCGUCGGCAAUCCUCCUGGCAAAGAAGGGUUGGAGAUCACACUCAGCGGACCGGACUUGAGAUUUCUGGGCCCUGCCAUCGUGGCACUCUGUGGAGCGCCCAUGGAAGCCAAGUUGGACGGUGAAGCCGUGUCCAUGUGGACGCGAAUCAAGGUCGAAGCCGGCCAGCGCUUGACGAUAGGGAAGACGACCGGUGGCGGAUGCAGAUCAUACUUGGCCAUCCACGGUGGGCUGCCCAGUAUCGCAACAUGGUUUAGAUCCAAGUCGACGGCCCCGAUGACCAAUGUCGGCGGUUACCAAGGCCGAGCGCUUGCAGCGGGCGACCUCUUGAUGAUCACCAAGGAUCUACCAGAGAUCCAGGGUGAGCUCAAGAUUCCAGACCAUCUGAUCCCAUCUUAUCCGGCAGAAUGGGACUUAUUUUCCAUGCCGGGCCCUUACGACGCGGGCUUCAUUACCGAUGACUCGAUCGAGGAGUUCUACAACAGCACCUACACGAUUUCACACAACGCUGCUCGAGGGGGCAUCCGGCUUCUGGGGCCUAAGCCCAAAUGGGCGCGGCCUGAUGGCGGUGAAGGCGGCGCGCAUCCGUCGAAUGUCAUUGAGUACGGGUAUCCUGUGGGCACGCUGAACUGGACGGGAGACGACCCAUGCCUGUUCCCCGUGGACGCACCAGACUUUGGCGGGUUUGUGUCAGCCACGACCAUCAUCAAGGCCGACUACUGGCGAAUGGGCCAGAUGAAGGCCGGCAAUAAGUUGCGCUUCCAUCGGAUCUCGUACCAGGACGCCAUGGCCAAGCGGAACGAAGUCGAAACUUUUCUCGCUCUGAUCCACGACUGCUGCCACAGCAAAGCUGAAUUCGGGGACGUCUCCCCCCUGAAGUAUGAAGGGUUUCCCCCGUCGACCGAGAGCAAGGGCUGGGAGGCGGCACUAAUCCACCAGAUCCCUGAAAAGGGCAACCAACCGCUCGUUUCCUACCGCCAGGGCGGCGAUGACUUCCUUCUCAUCGACUACGGGCAUGGCUCCUUCAACCUCAACUACCGAUGCCGUGCCGUGGCGCUGUAUCGCAAGCUAAAGGAGAGUACGGGUGACAUCUCGUUCGCCAAUGGGGUUCUCCAGACGGGCAUGGCAUCGGGCAAUUCCCUGAUGAUCUACUUCGACUCCCUGAAGGUGCCCCGCCAGACAAUACUGGAGUAUCUGCUUAGACUCGAGGCCGAACUCGGCGACUUGAGUGAAGCCAAAUUCCCCAGUCGCAAAUACAAACUGCCCAUCACAUUUGAGAGCCAACGGCAAAGAGACAGUCUUCAGAGGUAUAUGCAGACGCAGAGACCAUAUGCGGCUUAUCUGCCUGAUCCUAUGGAAUUUCUUGCGAAGAACAACGCAUUGACUAAGCAACAGCUGAAGGACAUCUUCACCAAAUCUUCCUUGAUGGUGGUUGCAGUAGGAUUCUUCGUGGCGCUGCCGAUCGCUCUUCCAAUCGAUCCGAGACAACGCCUCCAGUCCCCGAAAAUGAACCCUUCUCGUGUACACACACCCGAAGGCCAAGUCGGCUGGGGCGGAUCAUGCAUGGCCAUCUACAACGUAGAAUCGCCCGGCGGGUAUAUGAACACAGGGCUUUCCAUUCCCGGCGCAGACAUUCUGGGGUACAAAAAAGGAUACAAUUCCGAACGGCCCUGGCUAUUCGAGGAUUUCGACCAGAUCACAUUCUACGAGGUCAGCGAGGACGAGUACGAAGAUCUGAUGGCUACGUUCCGCAGCGGCCGGUAUGAAUACCAGUACGAGGAUACCGUGUUUGACAUGAAAGAGCACAACACACUGCUGAGAGACACCAAAGAUGAAGUGGCCCAGAUCCGCGCCAGACAGCGUGAAGCGCAGGCCGAGAUGGACAAAUUGGAGAAAGAGCUGCUGGCCAAAUGGAGCAAGGAAAAGGAAGCCAACAAGAUCAGCACAAAUACUAUUGAUCAGUUGCUGCACGAUCCGGAGAUUAUUGUAGUCGAAGCGCCCCUGAACGCCAACGUCUGGAAAGUGGAGGUCAAGGAAGGCGACACGGUCGAACUCGAGCAAACCGUUUCCAUUCUGGAGGCCAUGAAGCUCGAAAUCCCGGUCAAGACGGAACCAAGCAUGACAGGGGCCACGGUGGAGAAAGUACUGGUUAAGCCUAAUGAUGUUGUUGAUGCUGGGAAACCGUUGAUGCUGUUACGGAAAGCAAAAUAG